CUGGGAAGACGCCAUUGCCCCCGUCUCCUAGCAACCGGCGGGGGCCGUGGCGGGGCUCCUGGGACCCGCCGGCUCGGCUCCGCUAUGGAUGAGACCGAUGAAAUCCUAAGGAGGAUUCGUGGCCAAAGAGGGGUUAUUGGAAUUAUAGUUAUGGAUGCCCACGGCAUUCCAUUGAAAACAACCCUAAGUAGCUAUUCAUCAGUUCAGUAUGCAGGGUACCUUCAGCCGCUCACACAGAUAGCGCACAGCACAGUGAGAGAGAUCGAUCCCGAGGAUGCCCUGACUUUUCUUAGAAUUAGAACCCAGCAAUACGAAAUCAUCGUGACCCCAGAUAGGGGAAAUCAUCUAGUUGUUUUGCAGAAUCCAAAUGGAUAGACCUUCUGCUGGAUUAGAUCUUGCAUGAAUGAAACCGUACUUUAAAAAAUGCUCAAUCUUUCAUUGUUCCUUCCUGAAUUUACCAAUAUAUUCGGCCUGUCUUCACCAAAACUGUUUCUAGCACAGUUACUUAGUUUUUGUUUCUCAUUAUAUUUUCAAAGUGUGCUCUGGCAAGAUGUAA